AUACAUCACUCUCCUGUAAUUUUAGUCCAUGAAUUCUUCACCCUCAAACUCCAAUAGAGAGAGUCAAAGAGCACUGGAAAAGAAAAAUGGAGAGAACAACUCAUAUCCUAUUACUUGCUUACCCUUUACAAGGUCACAUAAACCCAUUGCUCCAAUUCUCAAAGCGCUUAGUCUCAAAGGGUGUUAGAGUAACAUUUGUCACUACCACCUCUAUUGGCAAUUCCAUGCAAGCCCUUCCUAGCCAUUCUAUCAGUAUUGAGAUCAUUUCUGAUGGAUCUGAGAAUGGCAAAGAUUCGGAAAGUUUGGAUGCAGCUCUCGAGCGUUACAAGCUACAUGUCUCACAAAGCUUGGCAAAGCUUAUUGAGAAACAUAAUAGCUCCCAAUAUCCUCCAAAGAUGGUAGUGUAUGACUCAUUUAUGCCAUGGGUUUUAGACAUUGCAAGGCAAUUUGGCAUUGAUGGUGCUCCAUUUUUCACUCAGUCUUGUGUAACCAAUGCCAUCUAUUACCAUGCGAGUCAUGGAGCAAUUCAGAUGCCCAUAGAAGAAGGGGCUUCAAUAUCAUUGCCCUCGAUACCAUCACUAAAGAUCGAUGAUCUACCUUCAUUUCUUUGUGAUAAGGGCUUGUACCAAGCUUUGCUAAAGCUCGUAUUGAAUCAGUUCUCGAAUAUCCUUGAAGCGAAUUGGCUCUUGUGCAACACUUUCAAUGAGUUGGAAAAUGAGGUGGUGAAUUGGAUGACAAGCCAGCAAUGGCGUGUUAAAACAAUUGGACCAACUAUUCCUUCAAUCUACUUAGACAAGCGGUUGGAGGAUGACAAAGAGUAUGGCCUUCACCUAUUCAAACCUGAUGUGGAUGCUUGCAUAAAGUGGCUAGACACAAAGGAAACUCACUCGGUUGUUUACACAUCAUUUGGAAGUUUGGCAUCCCUGGGAGAAGAGCAGAUGGAUGAGCUAACAAGGGGCCUAAAAAAUAGCAAUUGCCACUUCUUGUGGGUUGUCAGAGAAACUGAGCAGAAAAAACUUCCUCUUAAUUUUUUAGAGGAAACGUCAGAGAAGGGACUAGUUGUGAGUUGGUGCCCUCAGUUAGAAGUAUUGGCUCAUAAGGCCGUUGGGUGCUUCAUGACUCAUUGUGGAUGGAACUCAACCCUUGAGGCAUUGAGCUUGGGAGUGCCAAUGGUUGCAAUGCCACAAUGGACUGAUCAACCAACUAAUGCAAAGUUCAUUGUGGAUGUGUGGAAGGUAGGGGUUAGGAUUAAAUUGGAUGAAAGAGGCAUUGCUACCAAAGAAGAAAUAGAGCUAUGUAUAAGGGAAGUAAUAGAGGGAGAACGUGGGAAACAGAUGAAAAUGAAUUCAAUAAGAUGGAAAGAAUUGGCUAAAGAAGCAGUGGAUAAAGGUGGAAGUUCUGAUAAAAACAUAGAGGAGUUUGUGGCAAAACUUGCGCCCUCUUGAAGUUAAUGUAAGCAACAGUUCAACAACUCUUCAUUCAAAGAAUGGUCAAGAAAAAAAUUUAUGAUAUCGCUAUUGGAGGAUUUUUUGCAGUGAUACCAAGCGUUAUCAAGUUUUUGGAAUUUUACUUUUAUCAAAACAUUACCCAUAUGAUUUCUCUAGGAAGAACACAAUAUUAUUUAUCUGACAAGCAAUACCUAAUUUUCCUUUUACAAUGAAUAGAUUCUUCUU